AUGAGCAGCCAAUACGCCCCAGAAGAUGAUGCGAUUAGCACGACGUCGGGUGAGAAGCCAAAAAGUGCUUCUCAGCCCCGGGUUCGUCGGAGGAAUCGCAUGAUCACGUCGUGCCUGGAAUGUCGACGUCGAAAAUUGAAAUGCGACAAACUCCAUCCAUGCACAAAUUGCAGUAAAUUCUCACGGGAUUGUCUCUUCCUGGCUCCCGCUCUGGAUUCGGUUUCUCAGCAGCGCUUGAACGAGAUCAAGGAAAAGAUGGGCUCUUUAGAAAGAGUCCUCGAGGAGGAUGUCGCACGCCGAGAGGGAAAACCUGGCAGAUCUCAACCUUCUGCGUCCGAUCGAAGGAGCUCUGCUGAUCUUCCUGGUGGCGAGAUCAGCAGCUCUGAUAAUGAAGCUGGCGUUCCUGAUGAUGAAAAAGGGCUCGAGCCGACCCCUUUGGCAGUCAUCGAUGCUGCUUACGAAGAUGACACAAAUGAUGAUGUCCUUGAUCUGGGAAUCAAAAUAGGGAAAAUGCGCCUAACUGAACGACUUGGUGGGUUUUUCCGCCCAAGAAUAAAUGAAGAGCUUGGUGUUCAGCUUUCAGGAUCAGCGGCUAUUCAGCGCACAAUGGACGAAAAGCGACGUCCUGAUCCCCAACUCCCUGAUAGUAGCCAGGAUUUUCUAGCACCAGGCUCCUCCUACAUCGCGCCUGGUUCUGGAUUCAUAUUCGGCGACGUGGGGAGUAAACGCUCCCUCAUCAACUUCCUUCCAGCCAAAGCCGCUGCGGAUGCCCUGGUUCGCAAUUACCACGAAAAUGUUCAUUUCAUUGCUCGUGUGGUCCAUUGGCCAAGCUUCCAAUUGCAUUACGAGAAUUUCUGGACAAGUGUGCUCGCUGGCUUGGAGCCACCAGCGUGGCAGCAAUCUAUUGUUCUCUCAAUACUUUUUGCGGCAGUCGCCAGCAUGAGUGAAGUGGACAUCAGCGGAAUCUUCGCAAGGCCAAAGAGCACCAUCCUUGGCAAUUUUCAGACUGGCACGGAAGUCGCACUCAGUAAGGCCCAAUUCCUCCGCGCUACCAAACUCGAGACGCUACAGGCUCUGGUUAUCUAUCUCAUUCCCAUGUGCCGAGAUCAACUCUCACGUGCUCACUCAGUCCUGGUGGGCAUGGCUAUACGCCUCGCCGAGUGCAUGGGUCUACAUCGUGAUCCUGAUGACAUAUACGGUCUGACCGCGAUAGAGUGCCAUGUACGUCGUAUAAUAUGGUUUCAACUGUGCUUUCUCGAUUUCCGCACGUGCGAAGGACAGGGACCUCGACCAGGUAUCAAGAGAGAAGACUAUGACACACGAUUUCCUCUGAACAUUGAUGAUAGUGAUCUUUUCGGAAUCAAACCAAAGGAAGCGAAGGACAAGUUUACCGAUAUGACCGUCUCAAGAAUACGAUUUGAAUGCACCGAGAUGCAGAGAGUUAUAUGGCAGGAUCGAAUUCGCAUUGAGAGAAAGAAAAUCUCAAUGACUCAUGUUCUGUCUAAGGUCGAAUCAUUCCGAAAAGCCAUGGAGGCCAAAUAUACACCAAUAUUCGAUGUUGCUGUGCCUAUUCAGAAAUAUGCCAAGCUGGUUAUGACAUUAAUGAUUCAGAGGAUGUAUGUCAUGAUUCUACACAGAUAUGUCAACAACGCAGCCAAUCGUGUUCCAGAACGACUCAGCAAUCUUACGGUCUCCAGCGGUCUCCAAUCAGUGGAAGCUGCAAUUGCUAUGGAGUCUUUGCCAGAAUUAUCCAAGUGGAGCUGGUAUGGUGGAGCAUAUCAGCAGUGGCACAUAGCCUUUCUCCUCCUCACAUUGAUCGACCGUGCAUCAGAGACAGGGUUUGACGAAAGAAUCUGGAAGGUCAUCGACUAUGUUUUUGAGCCCGACCAAUCCUGGUCAGCAACGACGAAAGCUCGGACGAUAGUCACGGCAAUUCGGGAUAGAACAACGGUUUAUCGAGACCUCAGAAGGAUACGUGUUCCAGCAAGCAUGAAGCUUGGCUUGGACGCACAUGCUGUACGUUGGGAUCGAAGCCAGGACGAAAAUCCGCUCACUGGUGCUGGAAGUACUCAAGCCGCUCUUAAUGCGCUGCAACCACAGACAGGCACAGGUGAUGCACAAACAGGCCCAGGUGCUGGAGCAUACGCCUCGGAUCACUCAUGGAGCUUCGACUCCCCUGCCACACUUUACUUAUCAUCACGAUAUCUGCAGUCCAAGGAAACGGAAAGUUGGAAUCAAGCUUCGCAACCAGUGCGAUCAUCACCAUUUCUAUCCGGACAAAGCAUACAUCAAACACAACCAUCACCAACAUUACACAAUCAGCAGCAACAGCAGACGUCUCCAAGAUCAGAAAAUCAAUCUUCACCAGGCCAGCAAGCCGACUUUCACAGUCCUAGUGAUUCUGGGACAAACGAGUCAUGGCCUCCGCUGAUAUCAUCCGAUCAACUUCAGUGGAGGACAGCAUUAGGUCAAGGCACCACCUCUGGCACCGGUCCUGGAGCCAUAAAUGCGACACAGGCUCUCCCUGGGGUGCCCCAUCAAAGACAAGGAUCGGACAACGGUCAAUCGUUUUUCAACUCAGGAUUCCCCAGCGACCAGGUCAAUAUUCCACAAUUCCCAGCAUCGGUACCAAGAGGUGACUCAUUGAUGAUGGACAUUAAUUGGGCGGAAUGGGACCAGUUAUUUCCCCAAGACUCAAAUCCCAGUCUUUUAGAUGCCACAGCUGGGUAUGGCAUGUCCUCAGGCUACAAGAACUCCAUGCACCAAGGCUUGAUAUAA